ACAAAAUUAACAAAAUGGAGAGGGCAAUGGUUGGAGAUAUAUGUAAGGUCGCGGCCACAACUUUUGCAGGCCUGUUUGCUGGCAGUGCCUUGGGCAGUAAUUUCACGACAAUGCCAGCUUUGAUGAAGAUUGAAGAUACAUCGGCAUUACGGGUGGGGUGGAAGCACCAUUUCCUCCUCGGAGCAACUUAUAUGCCCUGCCUGGCAUUGGGUGGUAUGGUAUCGGGAGGCGUGGCGUGUUACCUUGACAACACAGACUCUAAGUAUUACUGGUUGGCUGGUGCUGGAUGUCUCGGUAUCAUUUUGCCAUACACAAAAGUAGUUAUGCUUUCUGAUAUCUACAAACUACUCAAAGAUGACGUGAUAGAUGUGAGAGGUGUAGACUGGGUUCGUGCAAAUAUCAAUACCUGGGACAAGCGCCACUUCGUACGUAGCAUGCUGUCAUCUGUUGGUUUUGGUAUCUUCCUGUAUGCCCUUUACAACAGGAAGUAAACUAUGCGUGAUGUUGACUGCGUGAUGACAACAUAGAAUCUUCAGCUUUUUGUUUGUUUGAUAUUUUUCUCAUUAUCAUUAAAAUGCUUCUUGAGCUAGAUACAUAUUAUAAAUAACGUUUUGUUAAGGAAGGAAUGAACCGAUAGCUUGUUUCUGUUGUAAUAAGUUUGUAUACAAGAACAAAUAUCAUAAACAAUAUCAUGAGCAUUUGCGUUUCUAAAAUUGAUGCAUUCAAAGGUUAGAAAUAAUGAUAAAUCAGCCAUGUAAUUUAUUUUAUGAUUUCUGACAUUGAUUUUUAUUAUCUUGUUUUUGUAUGAACAUAGAUAUUAACAUUUUGUGUUUUGUCGAAUUUUAUUUUAUUUUAUUUUUUUUUUUUUUCGUGGCGAAAAUGAAAUUUGAGAGACAUCGGCGGGUUAAGCUUUCUAUUGUGUGUGUUGAAUCUUCGAUAUUGGAUGUUAAACGUGGAUACGUCAUAAAUACCAAUUAAAUCAUCAGAUAUUUGUCACAAUUAGGUAAUAAUGUAUACAAAGUGAAUAGUUGUAUUGUGCCUUACGUAGUUUAGGUUCCACUGCAUUUAACAUUGUGCCUCAAGUAACAUUUUGGUAUGGUGGCAACAUCGUGUCACUGACGGCACAGGUCCACUUAUCCCAAAUCAUUAGCAAAAGUGUUUCCGUUAAUAAAUAUACAAGUACAUUUGUGUUUUGUGCUGUAAAUUUUCGAACACUUUAACAUUUACAUUUCUACGUUAUCUUUUCUGCUUUGCAUUGUUUGACUUGCUAGAAAGA